UGACAGCAUUCAAAUGUCCAAUCUCCAUAGUCUCCAACUCUCCAUUGGAAAAUUCUGCCGUGAAGUAUAAUACUAGUCAAAUUAAUUAAAAAAUUGGGAUUCUCCAAAUUAUUUAGCUAUAUAGUAUUCUCAAAUAAUCAUACAUUCAUAUCCUUAAUCAUUUUAUGCUCUUUACUACUCAUACUAUCUAAUAGUGAGCUAGUAAAACUCAAAUUCAACAAGAAAAAAAACUAAGGAAUGGGCUCAGUCGCAGAUAAUGUAGAAGAAAUCAGCCCUUACUGGGACCUAAGUGAACAAGAAGAGGAGGAAGCAUCUUGUUUUGCUUUGUCCUUAAUGACUGAUGGGAUCAAGUUUGGCGUAAUCAAAGUAGUGACAGAACUCAACGUUCUUGAGAUAAUCAAGAAGGUUGGGCCUGGUGCUAAGCUCUCGGCGGCUGAGAUUGCCGCCGAGUUGCCUACGGACAACCCGGACACUGCAGCGGCCACUCUUGGCCGCUUGCUCGACUAUUUAGUGAGCUACUCUAUCCUUACCGUCUCUUCGACCACCCUCUCCGAGGAGAGGGUAGAGAGACGGUAUGGCCUUGCUCCAGUUUGUAAAUUCUACACGUCAAAUAUCGAUGGUGCUUCUUUUGCUUCUUUCUCAAAUACAUUUAUGUAUAACGUUAUAAAGGAGACCGGUCUAUGUCUAAAAGAUGCAGUUCUUUAUGGUAAGCAGCCAUUCACAGAGGCGUACGGGAUGAGUAUGUAUGAGUAUAUGGGAAAAAAUGCCGAGUGCUGCAAUAGUUUUCAUAAGGCAAUGUCUGAUCAUUCUACGCUCGUUAUGAGCAAAUUAUUGAGGACAUAUAAUGGAUUUAAGGGUCUCUCCUCGUUGAUUGAUGUUGGUGGUGGUAACGGAGCUAGCCUGAACACGAUCCUUACACAAUACCCUACUAUCAAGGGAAUUAAUUUUGAUCAGCCUCAUGUCAUUGCAGAUGCUCCCUCUUACACUGGUGUGGAGCAUGUUGGAGGAGAUAUGUUUGUCAAUAUUCCCAAAGGCGAUGCUAUAUUCCUCAAGUGGAUACUACAUUGUUUUAGUGAUGAGGCAUGCAUAAAGAUCCUAAAGAACUGCUAUGCUGCCCUAACAGAGGACCAUGGAAAAGUUAUAGUUUGUGAAUAUCUUCUUCCUCAUUUACAUGAAACCUCCAAUAACAUGGCGGCUAAAUCAGUCGUUCAGUUCGAUGUGAUUAUGAUGGUUUCGGGCGGUAAAGAAAGGACUGAGAAGGAGCUCAAGGCGUUAGCAUUUGCAGCUGGGUUUCAAGGCUUCCAAGUUGUUUGCUCUACCUAUAAUGUUAAGAUCAUGGAGUUGCUCAAGAAAAAUUAGACCAUGAUAGAUUGAUAUUACUUGUUCAUUGUCAAUCCAAAUUUGUCACUUAUUUUCUA